AUGUUGCAAUACCAUCAUAAAGGCCCAGACGAAUCUCCAGUGAAAAAGAAUAACCCCAAUCGCAUUUCUCAGGCAACUGUGAACAGCAUUGGCUCCUCCUCCAGUGGCGGAGGAGGUCUGAGGCCGCCGAGAACAUCAGGCCCUCGUGUCGCCUCACAAUACUCAUUGGGUGCUGAUCUACGAGCAAGCACGUAUUCCCCGAUGUCUGCAGACGAUAAUCUGUCUGUCUCUGGAUCGCCUCGAGUCUAUGCACGCAACCAGGCUGGCAAUCGACGUUCGCCGGACACCAGACCAAUGUCUUACAUUGAUUUACUAAACGACCUCCCUUACUCCCAGCAGGUGGCGCCUGCUCCCAUGAUGAACAACAUUAGCCUUCAGUCUGCCGUCGGAAACAAUGCUUCCUUGCUCGACAACAAAAAGACACUUGACAUGUACCGCGCAAACGUCAAGAAGACCAACGAUCCCAGCAUUCAAUACGAAUUUGCCAUCUUUAUGAUCAACGCAGCUAGAGACCAUGCCGAAGAUACCGAAUCGGCUGCAGAGCUGAUCAAAGAAGCCCGUGGCAUACUUCAACGUCUCUCUGAUCGCGCGUAUCCUUUCGCGCAGUAUUACCUCGCCGAUGGUUAUUUCUCCGGACUUUUUAACAAGGAUAAGCCGGAUUACGACAAGGCUUUGCCUCUCUUCGUUGCGGCAAGUAAGCAUGGCCAUGCAGAAUCAGGAUACCGUGCUGCGUUAUGCUACGAGUUUGGAUGGGGCUGCACCAAGAAUUAUCCAAAGGCAGUGCAGUUUUUCCGUGCUGCUGCAUCAAAGGGUCAUCCUGGAGCCGCAAUCAGAUUGGGCAAGGCUUGUCUCACUGGCGAUAUGGGGCUCGUUAACCGAUACCGAGAGGGUGUCAAAUGGCUGAAGCGUGCGACAGACUCUGCAGAUUACCAGUACAACAGCGGACCUUAUGAGCUUGGACUCCUACAUAUCACAGGAUUUGGCGAGGACAUUUUCAAAGAUGAAGCAUAUGCUGCACAGCUCAUGACAAAGUCAGCCGAGCUUGGCCACGCAGAGGCAAACUAUCGAAUGGGUCAAGCUUAUGAAAAUGGAACAUUUGGAUGUCCAAAGGAUGCUGCUCUGAGCGUUCAUUUCUACAAUGGCGCGGCUUCGAAAGGUUUGCCUGAAGCUAUGAUGGCAUUAUGUGCUUGGUAUAUGGUUGGAGCCGAGCCGGUGCUUGAGAAGGAUGAAGUCGAAGCGUAUGAAUGGUCCAAGAGGGCUGCCGAACUUGGGCUCGCAAAGGCCGAGUACGCCGUCGGAUACUUUACCGAAAUGGGCAUCGGAUGCCGUCGUGACCCUCUCGAAGCGAAUGUGUGGUACGUCAAGGCUGCCGACAAGGGCAACGAGACGGCUAAACAACGACUCGACAUUAUUAGAGCGGCAGCUUCUGGCGAUUCUGGCAUACCUAUGGCCAAGGGUAAGGCCAAGACAAAAGAGCUCGGUGGCAGCAAGGAAAAGGAGUGCAUCGUCAUGUAA